AUGGCCAAGGACAAGAAAAAAGGAGCUGCGGUCGAUGCCAAGAAGGCCAAAAAAGCCGAGAAGAAACAGAAGCAAGAGAAGAAAGGCGAGAAGAAGUCAAAGACCAAGACAGCAAAGCUAGAGGGUAGUGAUGCUGAAGAUGUCGAUCUCGACAACAUCCUCGAGGAGUACAGGAAGCAGCAGGAACAAUUCCUCAAGGUUACUGAGGUAGUGGCUGAUGCGCCACCUAAGCCUCGCUCUUCUUCUACUUUCCUAGCUUCUCCUUCAGAUGGUAACCAGUUGCUACUGUUCGGAGGUGAGAAUUACAAUGGUGCCAUUGCUACCUUCUAUAAUGAUCUGAGCAUAUACUACACUGAUCGCCAUGAGUGGCACACGGUCACCUCUCCUAAUGCCCCUCUACCUCGGUCCGGCCAUGCGUGGUGCAGAGGUGGCAACCAGAGUAACUCCGUCUUCUUGUUCGGCGGUGAGUUCAGUAGUCCCAAGCAGGGGACAUUCUAUCACUACAAUGACUUCUGGCGGCUGGAGCCCAGAAGUCGGGAGUGGACUCGUAUAGAGUGCAAGGGCAAGACCCCCCCAGCAAGGUCAGGCCAUCGUAUGACGUAUUACAAGAACUAUAUCAUACUGUUUGGAGGAUUCCAAGACACGUCAAACCAGACCAAGUAUUUGGCUGAUCUUUGGCUUUAUGAUACCGCGAACUUCGUCUGGUACAACCCCGUCUUACCGCAAGCGCAGUUGAAGCCUGAUGCAAGGUCCUCCUUCACUUUCCUCCCUCAUGAUAGUGGUGCCGUGUUAUUCGGCGGCUAUUCGAGAGUGAAGACGACGGUUUCGGCAAAUAAAUCAGCGAAAGGCGCAUCACAGGGACAGAGAAACAUCCUCAAGCCAAUGAUACACCAAGACUGCUUCUUGCUCCGGAUCACCCAGCCUCCCCCGGAGGCCCCAGCGAACACGCCUCCAAUUGUCAGGUGGGAGAGGCGAAAGAAGCCGGCCAACACUCCCAACCCGUCCAGAGUAGGUGCGACAAUGGCCUACCACAAGGGGCGUGGCAUUUUUUUCGGUGGUGUCCACGAUGUUGAAGAGAGCGAGGAGGGUAUGGACAGUGAGUUCUUCAACCAAAUGUUUGCGUGGAACGUGGAACGCAACCGUUUCUUCCCCUUGGCCUUGAGAAAGCCCAGGGUCCAGAAGAAGCAAGCAGAACAGCGGGGAGGUGGUGGAAGACGAGGUCGCGCUCAGGCAAACGAAGAGGAGCUUCUUAAGCAGCUAGCAGCUCUGCAAGCAGGCCAGUCCUUAGAGGAUGUUGAUGGCAUGGAGAUUGAUCUCAAGAAAGAUGAGCCAGAAGAACCCGAAAAGCCUGUCAAGGAAAUGCCGGUUGCUAUGGAGUUUCCGCAUCCUCGCUUCAAUGCGCAGUUGGCCAUCCAAGAUGAUAUGCUUUACAUCUACGGAGGUACAUUUGAGAAGGAUGACCGAGAGUUCACGUUUGACGAUCUAUAUGCGAUUAAUCUCGACAAGAUGGAUGGCUGUAAGGAGGUCUUCAACCGUGAGGAAGAUGAUGAGGAUGAACGUCCUGAUGAGGACCAAAUUCGGUCGCCUAGCAACCGGAAGAAGCCGCAGGCGGAUGAGUCAAAUGCUGACACGGCUUCAACUGCUGGAACUGAAACGACGGAAGAAAACGAAGCUGAUACCGUGGCCUCCUCUGUGGAUGAUGGUCUGCCUCAUCCUAGACCCUUUGAGUCACGUCGGGAGUUCUUCACUCGUACAUCGAACGAAUGGCAAGAGAUCCUAAUGACUAGUCUGAGAUGGAAAAACAUCCAACCAGAGACUCUUUCAAUCAAAGAGAUCAAAACAAAGGCAUUCGAAUUGAGCGAAGAGAAGUGGUGGGAUUGUAGGGAGGAGAUUACAGCAUUGGAGGACGAGCAGGAAGCUGCUGGCAUUGGUGAAGUGGUGUCUCUAGCGGACAAGGGCGAAGGUGCUGCCGGAGGUGCGGGCAGGAGGCGCCAGCCCAGAAUGCCCAUCGGUAUCCAACGACUCAAUGCGAAGAAGUCGCAGCCAAAUACGCAGAUAAUUUUUAUAAAGCCUUUGAAGGGACCGUACGAAUCCGUCGCUCAGGACUUUCUGGAGCGCAUUGCGGCACAAUGUUUGCCCAUAAUGAGAGAGCAUCACAUCUCGGUGAUGUCGCUCGAGGAGUACGAGCCAAAUAAAGAGUUCGUCGGCCGCAACUUCAACGCUGGAGAAAUCAUCCAGCUAGUACUGAAAUCCAGGUCCGGGAGGUGGUUCCCGUUCAACUACGUACAGAUGGUCAUGAUGCAUGAGCUCGCUCAUUGCAAGCAGAUGAAUCACUCAAGGGCAUUUUGGGCGGUGCGCAAUAACUAUGCAGAGCAUAUGCGACGGCUGUGGUCGCAGGGCUACACCGGCGAAGGUCUUUGGGGUAGAGGGGCACUGCUUACCACCGGUGAAUUUGAGAGCAAUACCGUUCACGCUGGUGAAGUUCUCCCAGAACACCUCUGUGGCGGCACAUAUCGUUCGAGACGGAGGAAGCGCAAGGCGAAGGAUCAGCUCAAUUAUCAGCAGCAGAAGGAGCGCCGCAUUUUGAAGAAGUUUGGUGCGAAUGGUGUUGCUCUCGGCGAAGACGAAGUAAUCAAGGCCGAGUUAGAAAAUGGCAAACGGUCGCAAGCCAAGCCGAGAGUGGCACAAAGCAAGCGUGGUCGCGAGCUCAGAGCUGCUGCGGCUCUUGCCCGAUUUGACCAUCAAAAGAAGAGUCAGGAGGACAUCAAGUGCGAAGUUAAAAUCAAGGAUGAGGACGAUGCUGCCAGCGACAUAGGAUCAGCAACGGCAAGUGAGAGCGAGGCUGACACAAACGAAGCCACAGAUAUCAAUGGUGCACGAAUCUUGGACGGUAAAGGGCAUCGAAUGGUGAAGGUCUGUGAGGACGAGAACCCAGAGGAUGCUGAUGCACAAAAUGAAAUUCUUGAGCUUCAAUCUUCGAUGAAUGUCUCUCAACAAUUAUCAGUAUCAUCCGAAAGCGAGGCUGAGACACGGACUGAUGGAAACACUGGUGAGAAGCAAUUUCGACUUGGUCACACAAGUCAAAAUGAAUCAAGCCAUGAACCAACAUCACGCGAAAUAUCCAGAAUUGCUUAUACUACCGACGUGGCAAGUUCGUCAGUGGCUUCGGCCGGGGUUUGUCCACUGUGCUCUAUGAAGAAUGGGCCGGUUUCUCUUGUCUGCAUUAUGUGUUCUCAUGUACUUGAUUGCAGAAAAGAUCCUCAGGCAUGGAAAUGCACAAGUGCAUCCUGUCGAGGUAGUCAAUAUCUCAACGCUAGCGACGCCGGACUAUGUGGCAUUUGUGGUGGACGAAAGCCGAUCUCACGAUAG